AUGUCAUUUGAGAGAGGUGAUACAUUCAGCACGUCUGUUCUCCCGGGUGAAACACCCUCGGAGGACCAGUUUAGUGAGGUGAUAAAGGCAUUCAAAAGAUUUAUUUUAGAAUUCAGAAUCAAUAAUAACUUUAUCUAUCGUGAUCAACUAAGAGAAAAUAUUCUUCUUCAUGAGUACAAGUUGACUGUCAAUAGUGAGCACUUAAUUAGCUAUCACGAUGAACUUAAUAAAAAGCUUACCGAUGACCCAGCGGAAAUGAUUCCAUUGUUUGAGCAGGCAAUCACUGAAAUAGCUAAAAGAAUUGCAUAUAUCUCGAGUGAUGAAGCACCAUCCAGUUUCCCAAUAUGUCAACUCAUUUUGCUUUCCAACGAUCAUAGAAUAUCGAUCAGAGAUUUGGAUGCCGAGCACAUCUCCAAGAUUGUUAAAAUAUCAGGUAUAAUCAUAUCUGCAUCAACCUUGCACUCAAAGGCUACGGAGGUUACACUUAUGUGUAGAAAUUGUCGGCACACAAUGAAAAUGAAAAUUCAAUCCAGUUUUGGUGUUCCUCAGAUACCAAACAAGUGUCAGGCCCCUCCUCAGCCUAAUGGUGCCAAGAGUGAUUGUCCUCCAGAACCAUAUAUCAUUGUUCAUGAUAAAUCCAAAUUUAUUGACCAGCAAGUGUUAAAGCUUCAGGAGACUACGGAUAUGAUACCUGUUGGUGAAAUGCCAAGGCAUAUACUGCUCAGUGUUGAUAGAUACCUUUGCAACAGAGUUGUGCCUGGUACGAGGUGCGAUGUAGUGGGAAUAUAUUCCAUCUACCAGUCACGUGUUAAGAGCAGUGGAAGUGCAAAUAAUGCGGCUAUCAGAAAUCCAUACAUGAAGGUUUUGGGAAUUCAGACCGAAUCGGAUCUCAUCACCGGUGGUGGUCUUAAUAACGUUUUCUCUGAAGAAGAGGAGGAGGAGUUUCUUACUUUAUCACGUAUGCCCGAUUUGUAUGAAAGGUUUUCGAGGUCCAUUGCACCUUCCAUCUAUGGAAAUUCGGACAUGAAGAAAGCUAUCACUUGCCUUUUGUUUGGAGGAUCAAAGAAGGUGCUUCCAGACGGAAUGCGGCUUCGUGGUGAUAUAAAUGUUCUUCUGCUUGGUGAUCCAGGUACCGCCAAAUCCCAGCUUUUAAAAUUUGUUGAAAAGGUGUCUCCUAUAGCUAUUUACACUUCAGGUAAAGGAUCUUCUGCUGCUGGUUUGACUGCCUCCGUUCAGAGGGACCAAGCAACUGGUGAUUUUUACCUCGAAGGAGGUGCUAUGGUCCUUGCUGAUGGUGGUGUUGUUUGUAUUGAUGAGUUUGAUAAAAUGAGAGAAGAAGACCGAGUGGCCAUUCAUGAGGCUAUGGAGCAACAAACCAUAUCCAUUGCAAAGGCCGGAAUUACCACAGUUUUGAAUUCCCGGACGUCAGUGUUAGCUGCUGCAAACCCGGUGUUUGGAAGGUACGAUGAUUCCAGAUCCGCGGGUGAAAAUAUCGAUUUCCAAACCACCAUCUUGUCGCGUUUCGAUAUGAUUUUCAUCGUUAAGGAUGAGCAUAACACACAAAGGGAUAUAGCAAUUGCAAAACACGUUAUGAAUGUGCAUGCAAAUGGAGGUUCAGCCGAAGAACAGUCUGAGGGUGAAAUUCCGAUCGAAAAGAUGAAAAGAUACAUACAAUACUGCCGUGCUAAAUGCGCCCCUAGACUUUCUAUGGAAGCUGCUGAGAUGCUUUCUUCCCACUUUGUAAGUAUAAGAAAGGAGGUGAAACAGAAAGAGUCAUAUUCUUCCGAAAGAUCGUCUAUUCCGAUCACCGUUCGUCAGCUAGAGGCUAUUGUACGUAUAGCUGAAUCUCUUGCCAAGAUGGAACUUUCUCCCGUUGCUGCAGAGCGUCAUGUGGAAGAGGCCAUUAGACUGUUCAAUGCUUCCACGAUGCAGGCAAUAAAUAGUGAAAAUGCUGACAGUGCACAGCUCACUGGACAAAUUACCAGAAUUGAGGCUGAGAUCAAGCGUAGGCUUCCUAUUGGAUGGUCUACCUCCUACAGUACAUUAAGAAGGCAGUUUGUCGAUAGAGGACGUUAUACACAGGCUGCCUUAGAAAAGGCUCUUACGAUAUUGGAAAGGAAAGAAAGUAUACAGUUCAGACACCAAAGAAUGAGUGUAUUCAGAUGUGGUGUGUAA